CUUCCUUGCUCUCGAAAGCCAUUUUCUGACAUUGCCAACUCGGACCCAUUGGAAGACCAUCUGAGGGGCAAUGUACACCGUGAAGCUGCCGGUGGCCCUUGCUGUGCUGUCUGUUGCGUUUCAUCAUCUGAAAGCUACAUCCAUUGAAAGCCAGGAAUGGACAGAUCCAGUUUUGACACGAAAUAUGCUGUUGGAACUUCGAGAGGCAAAGCCACAACAUGAAGGAGGAAACACCCAAAGUCAUCAGAUGGAGAAGCGUAAAUGCAACACGGUCACAUGUGCAACUCAGCGCCUGACAAACUUCUUAACUCGCUCCAGCAACAACAUCGGUGCCAUUCCUCCUUCGACCAAUGUGGGGUCCAAUACUUACGGCAAGAGGAACACAGCUGAGAUGUUAAACAGAGAACCACUGCAUUACCUACCCCUGUAGUGGCGUUAUACCCCAACUGUUCUUGUAGUCUUGUGUAUGAAUACUUAGUGAUCUGCUGUGUCACUCAAUAGUGCCUUUUCACUUCUAGUGUGGCUUUAUGGCUCUGUGUGAGUGCCAAGUUUGUGGUGGUAUAUACAAAUUGUCACGUUAAG